CUCUCGACCGAGCUGCUCGGUACUCUCUGUUUCCUCUAUUCUCCUCUCUCCUGUCUCACCUCACCGCCGCACUCCGACACGCCGUUACUCGCACCAGUGGAGCAGCUCAGAGCCAAGCCUGAGAUACCGUAACAGUGUUCUGCUACCGCAUUUACUUCCCCUUUCUCCUUCUCAGUCCUCACUGCGGGCGCCGUCUCCUUUCAUAACACAGAGGACCCCCUUUUUUUGGGGCAAAACUCCUGCCGCCGCGCCGUUAAACUCCCCUCCCUCAGCGCCGGAGGACGCGAGACAUGGAAGCUAAUGUGGCUAGGUGAAGCCAUUCAUAUUUUUUCUUGUCCAGUCCAAGAAGUCUACAGGCUUUUUUGCAGUGUUUUUCUGUAAUUUUACCAAAUGGGGAAGUUGGGGAAGAAAGCCAGGAAAUUUGCGAGGAAACAUUUACAGCCUCUGCUCAAACGGAGGCGAAAGAUGAAGUCCAUAUUGAAAAGAAAGUUUUCUUCAAGGAAUGAGCAGGAUGCUGCCAAAGUCCAAGCAGGGGAUAUGUUGGAACUGUCUAAUGGAAGAAACCCUGCAGUUGAAGAUAUCAAAGAUAUGUCCCUUGAUGCAAUAUUCAGUGAAGAUGACACUGAUGAAGACGCUUCAGACAGUGAUGGAUUUUUUUCAGAGGAUUCAAGCUGUCCAUACAUUGACGGAAGUGAUAGUCAAACUUGCUUAGAAGACGGCAGUUGCAGUAGUGACUUAGCAUUACAGAACAAGAAAAUUCAUUUAGAAUUAGCAAAGCGAAAGAAAAAGCUGGAUAAAUUGAAGGAAAAGGAUCCCAAAUUUUCUGAGUUUUUGGAAAGGCGAAGUAGGGAACUUGAAUCUCGCAGAAAUGAGGGGAUGGAUUCUGAUGAAGAUGAGACAAGUAGCCAUGGCAUGGAGAAGUUUAAUGAAGAUGAAUCCAACUUAAGGGUGGGGAAGUCUUUGACAAGCUGUUGCAUCAAAUCUUGGAGUCAAUUAGUUAUGGAGCAGCAUAGUGUAUCUGCCCUUACUAAUUUAAUAAAUGGGUAUCGAGCUGCAUGCCACUAUGGAAACAAGUCAACCAGUGGCGUUGAUGCUGUGCCUUGCCGAAGGAUUCGGAACAGUGAAGCUUUCUCUGACAUAUUAAUGUUCAUGCUUAAUGAAGCUGAUAAUGUAUUUCGAGGGCUUCUGGGAGUGUCAUGCUCCAAUUGUAGGAAGGAUGCUGUUAUGGAGUUGAAGAGUACUUCAAAAUGGGAAACUUUGAAGCCAUUCAUCAAGUCUUAUUUGAGGAGCACAUUGGUUCUCCUUAAUCAGGUUACAGACAAUGAGUUUUUGGGCUUCACUUUAACUCGACUCAGGGCUUCUAUAAUAUUUUUUGCUGCUUUUCCUUCUCUGUUGCGCAGACUUAUCAAGGUUUCAGUUGAUUUCUGGGCAAUAGGUGGGGGAAAUCUCUCAUCAUGCUCCUUCUUCAUCAUUAGGGAUGUGGUGAUGUUUCGCUCAGAUUGCUUUGAAACCUGCUUCGCAAAAAUAUAUAAAACAUUUAUUGCACGCUACAGUAUUGUGGAUCCCAGUAAUAUUAAGCAAAUACAGUUCCUCAGGGACUCCUGUGUGGAGCUAUUUUCGUUGGAUGUAUACAAGUCUGUUAGCAAAGCACUGGUGUCUGUCCAGCAACUUGCCAGAAUAUUGCAGCAGGGUUUACGAGCAAAGAAGAAGGAAGCACUCAAGAGCAUAUGCAGUUGGCAGUAUAUUAACUGCAUCGAUCUCUGGGUUACCUUUAUAGCUAUGAACACAAGGGACUAUGAUCUUCAUUUGUUACUUUUUAUGGUCAUUCAAGUUAUAAAUGGAGUGACUUAUCUAUUUCCGGGGCCAAAAUAUGUACCAUUGAGAUUUAAAUGCAUUCAAUGGCUAAACAAUCUCUCCAAUUCCAGUGGGAUUUUCAUUCCUGUUGCGUCAUUGGUGUUGGACAUGCUGGAAUUUAGUACAAGCAAGGAAGGUGGAAGACCUGGGAAGGCCUCCAAUUUUUCCUUGAACCUAAAGUUGCCGAAACAUUGGUUAAAAUCUCAAAAUUUUGAAGAACUGUGUGUUUUCUCUGUCAUUGAGCUGCUUUCUGCACACUUUGCCCAGUGGAGCUACCACAUAUCCUUCCCUGACCUGGCAACCAUUCCACUCAUCCGCUUGAAACGGUUUUAUGAGACAACAAGUAUUGAAAGUUUGAAGCGUGUUGUAAAGCGUUUCAUUGACCAGGUGGAGCAAAAUGUUGAAUUUGUGCAGAGGAAAAGAGUUGAGGUUACGUUUUCCCCAAUAGAUCAGCAAUCUGUUGAAUCGUUUCUUCAGCUUGAAAAGUGCAGUGGCAAUGCUUCAUUUACUCAAUAUUACAAAAGUGUCAUUGAAAAGGCUGCUUCUAGGAAUCUAGCUAUGAAAGAAAAGAUGAGGACCUAUCAUCGGGGAAGACGAUUGGCACUGCUAAAGCGUAUGAGGGACUCUACUACUUUGAGGAGUUUUAUGGAGUCUAAAAAAUUAGACAAACGAAGGCAGCAGCAGGGUCUGAAUGAUGCAGUGGGUAAUGGUACGGUAAAUUCAAAGAGAAAGAAAGUAAAUAUGGCUGUUAAGGGUGAGAAAGAUGGCAAGAGAGGAAAGAAGCAAAGAACUUGAGAUGUAAAUGGUGGCAUUACCUGUUUCCAUUAAAAUUAUGACAUCUUAUGUCUCUGAUAGUUGGUUAGUUUUUUGAAUUAUGUAAUGUGCAUUUCAAGCAAUUUUUUGGACUGAAGUAGAUAUGCAGAGGUCAGCUUGGUUAGGUCAGCGGAAAUUAGGUUUGAUGACUGUCAAAAGACAGUUUUGGGAAUUUUGAAUUUUAUUUCUGGAACCUUCUCUUGCCAACAUUGAAAAGGGUGUUGAUCGGGAAGAGCAUGUUCUAAAACUCCAUUGAGAAAGAGAAAAUUUUGAUGAA